GUCCCGCGCACUUAUUUGAUCAUUAUUAUUUUAAGAGUACGGCUAGGGACAGGCUGUUUGCAAACGACUUUGACGUGGCAUUUGGCCAUGUCAUUAAUUAUAUUUAAAGAAAAAAAGGUAGAAAGAGAACAAAACGCAAAACUCUAGCGGGAAGGAGUACGAACGCAAAUUGAACUAUGAAGGGGGAAAAUUGCAGAUUCAGCCGGAAGGGGGAAAAUCACAGAUUCAAGCCGGAAGGGAAAAAUCGCAGAUUCAAACCGAAAGGGGAAAAUCGUAGGCCUCUGCAUUGCUCUUUCUCUCUCGUAGAUCUCAUCCUCUCUCAAAAGAUGGAAAAAGAGAAAGAAGAUGCAUCCCGCAUAACACCUCCUAUCACUAAUCCAUCAACCCUGGACAUAUCAAGACCACUUUAUUCAGGCAUUUCAAACUACAUGCCAAGUUACAAUAGUCCAACGCCUCAUGCGUGGUUACCACCUUUUAUGCCUUAUCCAAGUGCCAACUCAUAUCCAUGGAGCAACCAAGUGAUCGUUGGAUGUAACACUUAUGGAACUCUGCUUCCCCUGCUGCGUCAAGUACUGCUGCCCUGAGUAGUUCCGCUACCUUGUAUAGUUCCGCCAUACCAAUGAUGGGCCUCCUCCAACUGCCUACCCAUAUCUAUGAAGCAACCAGCAACAAACAUGGAACUCUACGAUCGCUCCCAUGUCUAGUUUCGCAACCAAUGUUAGCUCUAGUGUAGCUACCAGUUCUAUGUACAAAGCAACGCUACUGUAGCUGCUAGCUCUUGUUCAACUUUACCAACAUUUGUUCUUCCGACAAAUGCCAACUCAUAUCCAUGUGGCAGGGAG